AGAGAGAGAGAGAGAAAGAAAGUGCAAAACGACGUCAUUUGGUAUAUACACAUAAAUUAUAAUAUUCUUAUAAAUUGUCUUUUGUAUUAAUUGCUGGCUGUUUCUCUCUCAUUCUUAGUUGUCUUCCUCUUCUUCUUCUUUAACCCUCUUUUUUGGUCAUUAUUGCUGUAACUGCUGCGCCAAACAAAUGACCACAACAUCUAAUUCGCUCAGUUUUUCUUCUCUUGGGACCUCAGAUGCUUCUCUCCAUGUAAAUCGUCUAUGUCUCGAAGAUCUGACCCUUUGCUCUGAUAUUCAACAACCACCGGAACGACAACCAUCUUGUUCCGGCGGUGAUUGUCGUUCCAUCAUGACCGAUUUCUUAUCCACUUCUCCUUGUUUGUCGUCGUCCUUCAAUAUUGGAGAUUACAUUGGUGCGGAGAGCUGCGUUGAUGUUUUGAAAGAUGAUGACCAAGAUCAACGGCCCUUGGAUAUUAACGAUCAUCAUCAUGAUGAUUUGAUCAGGAAUAGACAGCCGCUUAGCUGCAAACGAGAUCAACGGCAGUCACUGAAGAAGAGGGAGUUCCCACCGCCGAUACCUUUGCUUGCCCGCACGGAGAAUCUGCAUUGCCAUAUGCCUUGGGUUUUGAAGCGGCAUUACACCAGCGAUGGACGGUUGAUCCUAACCGAAGAGAAAGUGAAGCAUCAUGAGUACUUCCGUGCUCAUAGAUCCAACGGCCGUCUUACUUUGCAGCUCGUGCCACUCGACGACGACGACGACGACGCCGUUUUGGCCGUCGACAACCUCCAAAUGGAUGAUGAGGAUGAUGAUGAAGAGACUGAUGAGAUCAAGAUCGAGACCGAUCCUAGUGAUGUGAAUAAGGAUGAUGAUGAUUAUGAUGAUGAUGAUGAUAAAGAUUAUGAUUUCAUGGAGGUUGAAAAGGAGGUGGAGGUGGAUAAUAAAGAGCAUGAUAUCUUGGAGGCGAAGAAAGGGAAUGAUGGAAAAUAUUGCAUGAAGUAUAACAGUGUGAGAAGCGCAUCGACAUGUAUAUUCGGGGUACCGGUUCCAGUUCCGGCUAUAAGGCCUGUUCAUACUUAAGCAUCAAUCUCAUACUAACACAUAUUAGUAUGUGAUAUAGAGAAAAGUGAUAAAUGGAAAUGAGAACGAAAGAGAGCAUGUUAAUUUGGCAAUCCACUGUUGAGUUGCAGACUUGAGGGCAAUGUUUGAUUUUUUUUUAAUUUUUUAAUUUUUUUACUUUUUUACUUUUUUUUCAUUGCUAGCUAAUUUAUCUCUUUUUGAGUCCAUGUUCAUGCAUUAAUUUUAUUUGAUUCUAGAGAGUAAUGAAGUGUAUAACUCUAUUCAAAAUGGCCAAUGCAAAUUGAUUAAUAAACGUUUGGUUUUGUGAUUUUCA